AUGCCGAUUCCUGUAUCUGCCGCCCGACACUUCCAAAACCUGCUGGAAGCAAUCACCAAUCUUCCGGCAGAGUGUCAUAGCGGCACGCGGGUCAGUCUCGUGGCCACAUAUCUGUCACCGAAGCUGUCGACCGAGGGACAGCCCAUCUUCCCAACGCAUGAAGAAAUCCGUGUCGUAUACUUCAAGAGCGGCCAGUGGGACUCAGCAGUUGCCACGCGUGCCAAGAAUCUUCUUCUUGCAAUCGCAAAAACUUACGCAAAACGGCGCUCGGCACCAGGGACAACAACAUCGACCACCAACACCGUGACUGUACCACAAGCCAAUGUCGAGACAUCUUCGGAGUCGGUCUUCGCAAUGGCAAUGGCUCUUGGCGGCAAAGCCGAAGUCGAGCUCUAUAUUGGUGAUAUAUCACCAGUUGCUCCCGGCUAUGAUGACGCUCUCGGAUGGUGGAAGAAAAUGGAGGAAACCCUACCGAUCUUGGCCGCAGCUGCGCGGGAUGUUCUGGCAAUCCCAGGUCCGCUCCGCCGCGCGCAGGCCGAGCAGCGCGAGCAGCACCUCCAGCAGGGCGACGGCCGCCAGCAUGCGGCGCGCGUCGCCGCCAGUGAGCUCGACGCAGCUCGCGGCCGGGCUGAGGUGCGCGCUCGCGCAGAUGCCUGCGGGCGUCGAGGGCGGGUGCGCGCUGGCGAGUGCGGGGAUGAGCCUGCGGCCGAUGGUGGCGAGCGCUUGCUGGCAGUUUUAGGCUGUGGGCCGGGCGCGUUCGAGCCUGAGGAGGGGACAGGACUUCGCGCAAAAACCCUUGCACCGCCGGGUAUAAAUACGCGUGUUAUUGCCGCUGGGCGUCAGGCCUUCGGGACAAUUCCCAAAACGGGCGCUGCAGCCUGCAUGAUUGGCACCCAUCAGUUCCUUACGCCGAACCGCGUUUCCGAGGUGCAUCCUGGCGCAUCCAGGCAUGCUAGGGCACUGCAGAGGACGGGACGUUCUCGUGUCGUGUUUCAGUCCAGGUUUCCCGCGAUGAUCGUGCAGCACAAAGGCGGGCCGGGCUCCCGGGCCGUUGACGCCGUGCCAACGAUAUAG